AUGACUACAGCCACCAACAGCAUGAAUGCAGACGAACGCUUGUGUGUACAGCAGUACAAUACACCAGAUAUGAGGAGAGCCUUAAUAUCAUGUAUUGCCCGUUCCACUGUACGUAGAAUGGCUUGCGCCAAAAAGGGGUGGUCGUGUUAUGCAGAGGUGAUCCGCAAUGUAAAUGAACAUACGUCUAUUGUGUCGAUGCUGUGUGGCGAUUCAUACUACGUACUAGCUGUCCUAACUGCCGCGCCUGCAUUAGAGGCAGCGCCGCCACGGCCGCCGAGGCGAGCAGGGCAGCUGCCCGGGCGGUCUGCCGCUCGUAAAUUUCGCAGCCCUUCGAAGAGGCACUCAAGUGAUCAGCUCGCUCGCGUUCGCGUGAAUCGCAAGCGCGAGAGGCAAUUAUGCCGCCGGGACAGGCGCGGCCCCGGGAUGCCUCGCAUAACAGGAGGAGCUGGCUUUGUUGGUUCACAUCUGGUUGAUCGUCUGAUGAUGGAGGGGCAAGAGGUAAUCGUGGUGGACAACUUUUUCACUGGACGUAAGAGAAAUGUGGAGCACUGGAUUGGACAUGAAAACUUUGAGCUCAUCCAUCACGAUAUUGUGAACCCUCUCUACAUCGAGGUUGAUCAGAUCUACCACUUGGCAAGCCCAGCCUCUCCUCCACACUACAUGUACAAUCCAGUGAAGACCAUCAAGACCAAUACAGUUGGGACAAUAAAUAUGCUUGGCCUUGCCAAACGUGUUGGUGCGAGGGUGUUGAUUGCUAGCACCUCAGAAGUGUAUGGCGACCCAGAAGUGCAUCCUCAGACAGAAAAUUACUGGGGCCAUGUCAAUCCUAUAGGACCACGGGCAUGUUAUGAUGAAGCUAAGAGAGUAUCAGAAACUUUGGCAUACUCAUAUGAGAAGCAAGAGAAGAUCGAGGUGAGAGUGGCACGCAUAUUCAACACCUAUGGUCCUCGGAUGCAUAUGAAUGAUGGCAGAGUUGUGUCCAAUUUCAUUCUUCAGGCUCUCACUGGCCAGGAUAUUACAGUUUAUGGACAUGGGCAACAAACAAGGUCAUUCCAGUAUGUCAGUGAUCUUGUUGAUGGCUUGAUUAAACUCCAGAGUUCUAACUACUCCCAGCCAGUUAAUCUUGGGAACCCUGAUGAACAUACUAUUGAAGAAUUUGCCACUAUCAUUCAUAAGAUGGUUGGUGGGAAGAGUAAGAUAAUUCACAAAGAUGCUGUUGAAGAUGAUCCCCAGCGUCGAAAGCCUGACAUCACACGUGCUAACCACAUCCUUGGCUGGCAGCCUGUGGUACCACUUGAGAAAGGCAUUGAAAAGACUGUGGAAUAUUUCCGUAAAGAGCUGAUGAGAUCAAGACACUCUGAGCGGAAUUUGCACUAUCCCCUGAUGGAAAGCUUUGGUGUGAAUGAGCAUCAACGGGCGGAGGAUUAUACUGAUCUGUAAGACAAUUAUAUUCAGAUUGAUUGGGAGAGGAGCAUGCAUUUUAAUGUAAAAAAGAAAAUGAUUAUUAUGUUCAGGAAUCAUUGCUAUAAACACUUAGCGUUAGGUGCUGAUGUAACACAAAACGUUAAAACCUGAAAUGGGAAGAACUACAGCAAGUAAGCUUUGAAAUGAUUUUAAAAAUUAUUAAGAUACAGCUUUAGAAAGUAGAGACUCAAGCAAGUAAUGAAUGCAUUACUUAAUUCUAUGUUAUGUUUUUCAUGUUGUACAAGAAAAACUGUAUUUGGUCAUUUUCAUGUUAUACAGAAACAUAACAGAAAUGAGAGUAGAUGAUCAUUUUAUAUAUAUGUUUUAAAAUCUUAUUUUUAAAGUACUUACCUGUAUUGUUAAAACUGCUUGAAGUCAUAACCUAUUGCAUUUAUAACCAAGCAGAUUUCUUGGUAUAGAAUUAGAUUACUGUGAUUUAUUACUGCCCCUAUUGGGUGGGUAUUCAUAUGAAAAUUGUUACAUAUUGAGAUCUUGACUAGAGGUUGAUAUCCUUUCUCUUGCUGCUGUAAUGUGCUUGCCAAUAGAAUAUUUAUAAGCCAGAGUAAUGGACUCGGAGGGGAAAGAGAACUGUAGGCAGCAGUAUACGCAGGUUACGUGAGACAAAAGUUAGGGAUGUUAUAUGAAUUAUUUCUUCUAUUUGAAUGCGUUUUUGGUUGUUAUUAUUAAUGCUAUUAUUAUUAUUAUUAUUAUUAUUAUUAUUAUUAUUAUUAUUAUUAUUAUUAUUAUUAUUAUUAUUAUUAUUAUUAUUAUUAUUAUUAUUAUCAUCACCAUCAUCGUCAUAUUAAUAAUAAUAUUAAUAUUAUAAUUAUCAAUCAUUAUCAAUAUCAUUAUCAUUACCAUUAUUAUUAAUACUAUAAUUAUCAAUCAUUAUCGUUAUCAUUAUCAUUACCAUUAUUAUUAUUAUUAUUAUUAUUAUUAUUAUUAUUAUUAUUAUUAUUAUUAUUAUUAUUAUUAUUAUUAUUAUUAUUAUUAUUAUUAUUAUUACUAUUACUAUUACUAUUAUUACUAUUAUUAUUACUAUUAUUAUUACUAUUAUUAUUACUAUUAUUAUUACUAUUAUUAUUAUUAUUAUUAUUAUUAUUAUUAUUAUUAUUAUUAUUAUUAUUAUUAUCAUUAUCAUAGUUAUUAUUGCAGUUACUAUUAUUAGAGUUGUAUUUACAAUUUCAUUCAUGAUAUUUAUUUUAUUACAUUGAUAUACCCUGACAUUGUUUUCUAGUAGGUUACUUUUUUAUUGUGAUGUGUUAAUUAUGUGUAAGGAGGAUUUUUCAGUGUUUUACAGUUUCACAAGGCAACUGUGCAAAAGUUGUUCUUACCUUAAAGAAGAUAUUUACUUCAUUUUUGAAAAAAAUAAAAAAACAUUUGACACAUGUGCACACACGCACACGCACACGCACACGCACACGCACACGCACACGCACACGCACACGCACACGCACACGCACACGCACACGCACACGCACAUGCACACGCACACGCACACGCUCACGCACACACGCACACACACACACCUACUUCAGGAACAACAGAUUAGCAUUGUAGCUUUUGAAUCUGUCAAAAAGAAAUUGGAAAUUAUUCAAAUGGAUCAAUACUCCUGCCUGGAGCAGGUGACACUGUGACUUAUGGCUGUUGUAGAGAGUUAAGCUUAUUGUGAUGUUUUCCCUUUGAAGAUAAACCCUAUUUUUGUAUUAUUUUAUUUCAGAAUCUUUUUGUGAAUAUAAAGUAAAGAAUGUUUUUGAUUUCAUUAUAGUGGACAUUAAGGAUUUAUAUAGCAACACUUACCCCCCUCCUCCAUGCCUUUUAUCUCAUUAUAGAAGUGCUUUCAUACAAAAAAUUAAUUAAAAUAGGCUCUUGAUCGAGGACAGUAUUUUUUAAUUCGAUUUUUUGUUAGUUUGUUCUGCAACUGUAUAUACAAGUGAAUUGUAUUAAAUAUCACACAAGAUUUGGCACAGAUAUACUAUGCACUCCUUCCUUAGAUGUGUUCUGCCUUGCUUAGUCUCAUCCAAACUAGACAUAUAUUAUCCUAUUUUACUCUCCUCAUAUUGUUUUAUCUUUUAGACUUUACGUACACGAAAUAUGUAAAAAAAAGAAAAAAAAAAUCACAUUGUGGCAGGUUCAGUGUGUGAUAUAUGAGUAUCGUAUAUUAUACAGCUUUUGCUGUAUAAUUGAUUUUAUUGCUCAUGUUACUUUUGUUGUAAUUUCUUUUAAUAUUUUUUUUUUUUUAAUAUCAGAGAGGAAGAGAACAUUCCUUCACAUACACAACCCAAUUUUUUUUUAGUUAAGAGUCCAUGAUAUUGGAAGUUGACAUAUGUAGUUUAUAUAUGGUUAAGCUGUGCACUAGUAAGAGAGUAUACUAGCAGGUGAGGAGGAAGGUAGGAGGCAGGGAAAUGGGUCUUAAUUACCCUUGUCUUACACUGCCUUGCCUUACCUGGCCUGACCUCUCAAAUGAUCUGAUAUAAUAUAAUGUUAGGCCAAUACUGUUGUGGAAGGCAGGCCUUUAGAAUAUAUGAUAAAGUAGCUUCCCAAACUUGAAAUGAAACUUGGCUUAUUUUCUUUUUUGGACAGAGAGUUGAUUCAGAUGUGGUUAUUUUAUCUGUAUACCUACUAUAUUUAUUAGAAAAUUAUUUGAGAAUUAUCGUGAAUGACUAGUUUAAUCUUGGUUGGGUAUGAUGCAGCUUCACUAUCAUAAUUCUAUAAAUGACCUAUAGUUAUCACAUUGACUAAAUCCACUGUAUAAAAUCUCAAAGCUCUUUAUGAUUAGACUUUAAACAAAUGGUGUAUAGCUUCAUUUUCCUUGAUUUUUCAGCAAUCUUUUGCUGAGACUGUAUAUCUCAGUCAGAGUUUGGUAUUUUUCUGUUCAGAAAAAAUAAGAAUUUAUUCCACAUAGAUUUUGCUUAACCCCCUUGUUUUCCUUGAGCUUUUGGACAAGGCAGGAUUAUUGCAGUGUGAACACUCUAUCUAUAUCAGUAUGUGUAUAAAAGCUUAAAACUCUUCUUCUAUAGGUUGUCUUGAGAUAUGUCCACAUUAUGUAAUGGUGGGGAACCUGUCCAAUAUUUAUAAUAAAGGAAUAAUUUAU